ACGCCCGGUGAAGAUCUUGAGGUGGUUUCCACUCAUCCCACGGUUGCAGAGGUUAUUCAUGUCUGAGCAUACUGCGCCCCAUAUGAGAUGGCAUGCAGAAGGCCGCACUAGGGAUGGCGUAUUGAGGCACCCGGCCGACGGUGAGGCAUGGAGAUCGUUCGACAUUUUACAUCCAAAUUUUAUGGCAGAGAGUAGAAACGUCCGGCUUGGUUUGACAGCAGAUGGAUUUAAUCCAUUUGGGAACAUGAGCACAUCUCACAGCACAUGGCCCGUAAUGCUUGUGCCGUACAAUUUGCCACCUUGGAUGUGCAUGAAACAGUCGUCCUUCAUCCUUUCCUUGGUUAUCCCUGGACCGAGCUCACCAGGUAUGGAUAUUGAUGUUUACCUUCAGCCAUUGAUUGAUGAGUUGCUGGAACUGUGGAAUGUAGGGGUACGAACAUUCGAUGCUUCAAAGAAGGAAAAUUUUAUUAUGCGAUCUCAGUUGAUGUGGACGAUAAACGACUUGCCAGCGUAUGCAGAUUUAUCAGGUUGGCCUAACAGGGGUGCGAAGGCAUGUCCUUGCUGUAUGCAAUCGACGCGUUCUAUACGCUUAAAGAACGGGUGCAAAUUUUGCUAUAUGGGGCACAGGAGAUAUCUGCCGCCUGAACAUCUGUGGCGGCUUAACAGGAGGACAUUUGACGGUACCGAAGAAUUUGCCAGCGCACCGAUUGUGCCAUGCGGAUACGAGGUUCUCCAACAGUUGGACGGAGUUGCGUUUGGAGAUGAGACCGCGGGUAAGAAGAAGAAACGGAAGAAGCGGAAGAAGGGUGCAGGGAGUUCCGAUGUUAUAUGGAAGAAGAAAAGUAUAUUUUUCAGAUUGCCGUAUUGGAAAGACAAUUUGCUUCGGCACAAUCUUGAUGUUAUGCACAUAGAGAAAAAUGUCAUGGACAAUAUACUUGGCACUAUUUUGGAUAUAAAAGGGAAAACGAAGGACAACUUGGCAGCUCGGCUGGACUUGCAGGAAAUGGGGUUGAGACCUAAGUUGCAUCCGUUCACGGCCGCCAACGGUAAAACGUAUAUUCCCGCUGCCUGUCACACAAUGUCUAGAGAGGACAAAGAAAAUUUUCUGAAGGUUCUUCGAAAUGUUAGGGUCCCGGACGGAUACGCUUCGAACAUUUCACGAUGUGUUCGGCUCAAGGACCGUACAAUUUCUGGCUUGAAGAGCCAUGAUAGCCACAUACUGAUGCAACAGCUUCUUCCAAUUGCACUGCGUAAGUCAUUGCCUGAUAAAGUGGUUAGACCUCUUGUGGAGAUUUCUGCAUUUUUUAGAGGCAUAUGCUCAACAAAGCUAUCACAAGAAGAUAUGGACCGACUGCAGGGUGACGUCUGUAUCACUUUGUGCAAGCUAGAACAGAUAUUCCCUCCAGGGUUUUUUACCAGCAUGGUCCACUUGGUUGUGCAUCUUGUGCGCGAGUGUAGACUAGGCGGACCCGUGCAGUAUAGAUGGAUGUACCCGGCAGAGAGGAGUCUGGGGAAUUUCAAAAAUAAUGUGCGCAAUAAAGCAGCUCCUGAGGGGUGCAUUGCGGAGGGGUACAUAGCGACCGAGCUGGUAACGUUCUGUUCAAGGUAUCUGAAUAACGCACCAACAUUCCACAACAGACCUCAGAGGAAUCCUGAUGGAUCCAAGGGAGCGGGCACGCGUGUUACCAUGAACCGGUUGAUAAUGCACCAGAUUCAUCGUUAUAUUGUGUUCAACUCUGAAGAGUUUCACAAUUUGCGGACGAUGCACAAAGACGCGCUUAGGCGAUCAUGCACUAGGGGUCGCAUUACGGAGGCUCUUAUUGAAGCACAACAUCAUGAGCAGUUCUGCGAAUGGUACCGUGCAUAUGUCGAUGGCCUGGACGAUCAACGUAGGGAGGAAUUGGGCCACAAGUUGGUUAUGCGUUGUAGAGGGCUAAAGGAGACAGCGGUGAAGUACAACAGGUACGUGGUAAAUGGAAAAUUAUUUCGCACGCUUGCUCAUGAUGUGGGAAGGAGGACUCAGAAUAGCGGCGUCUGUGUUCCUACCGUUGAAGGCGAAACGUACUACGGACAGUUAACCGAUAUAUUUGAGGUCGAGUACUAUGACAGGACUACGUACGUCUUAUUUAAGUGCAAUUGGGCAGACCCCACAAUGGACAGAGGAUUCACAAUAGACGAGUAUGGCCUAGUGUUUGUCAACUUCAAUCACCUCGUCCACAGGGGAGAACAGAUUCAGGACGAGCCGUACGUGCUUACAUCUCAGGUGGAUCAAGUAUUCUACGUAGAAGAUGGAAGGAACCCAAAUUGGGUUUGUGCGGUUAGGACCAAACCGCGCAACGUGUACGACGUUGGACAGGGGGAUGGGAGUAAUGAGGAUGGUACAACCUACCAUGAGUGCGUACCGCUCGUACUAGCCACUGCUGACCUACCAGAUACGAAUGACGAAUUCGAGUACGACAGGCCCGACGUAGAUCCUAUUGAAGCUCCCGUGAUACAAUGAUUGAUGUAUUUGUUGUAUUGAUGGACCAGAGACCCCCUCAUUAUGCGUAUCGGGCACCUAGCCCACCCGUGCCCCCCAUGACCACGCCCACUGUUUCGACGGCAUUGUAUUCUGCAGCGUGGCCACACCACCCAGACGGGCCUUAUAGACCAU